AUGAAAAAAGACUAACAUCCUCGCAAUUAAAAUUCCACUGCUCACGGCUACCCUUACAAGGGCAUUGCCACAGACUAUGAAAUGCAUGUCAAUCCUAGUGGCCCUGGCACCAAGAUCACUCCACUAACCUUUAGAAAUGACCGACUCCGCAGUAUAUUCCUGAAUCAUUAGCACUCCACAAGUAUAAGUAGCAAUAACCAUAACAACAAUAAUAACAGCGGAAGUGUUGGAGCCGUAGGUAACCAUCAUAAUAAUAGCGGCACUCAAACAAGUUUAAAGAAUCAGCAAGUGAACUAGUAAAACCAGACAUCUGGGUAGCUGUUCACUGGCCAGGAUUCAAAGGUCAUUAAGAUACCUAUCCUACACUCAUCUAAGAACUUCAGACAGCUCUAUAACCUCAGUUUUAAGAGCCAGACAUCAAAGACAGAUGACUUUCCUACAUAGCAGGCCCAGUCUAGUAUUCAUAGACAAAGCAUUUAAUCCUCGCAAGAAAAAAUCAGAAAUACAUCAAUAUCACCCAAGGGAAAGCUGCUUCAUUAAAAUCACUCGCCUGUUCAUCAACCUCCAAGAACAGCUCAGAGACACACUAGAAGAAGGACUGAGCAGUUUAUUCCAAAUACCACAUAGAUACAGCUGUUUUAAGAAAUCUCGUAAGAUCACAAUGUAAUAAUGCAUAAUAACAACGGAAGUACCAGAUAGGCUACUUUGAAAUAAGUAUUUAUAGGAGGAAACGUAGCAUUCAAUUCAAAAAACAGUGGAGGCAAAGUAAGUUUAUCAAACGCAGCAAGCAACUAUAUAUCCUAGCAGCAUAAUAGUAGCAUCAAUGGCAAUUUAAACGUUCCAGCAAUAGGCAUCCCCUCAGAGUCAAGAACUUCCCACUAGUUAAUACAGUCAACCUUUACUCAUUCCAAACUCGAUGACAAGGCCUUAAACAUCCAAUCGAGAAUCACAAAAAAAGAGGCUAAAGGUACCUUACCUGAUGCCAUCGCAAUGAAUAAAAUCAUGGAUUUUGUCAACAACCAAUCUAAUGGUAGCAACACUACAAUUGUUAAUACUGUGAAUACUAACAUAAGCUUGCCUGUUGGAGCUACCCAUGCUAAUCCAAGUUUAAGUGAUAAUCGAAGCUAAAAACGUGCCACUACUGCUGCAACAUAAUAAUCCUCAAGACCUAAUGAGCCUGAAUAAUGGAGCAACCAUAAACGACUAAGCACUUAGGAGAUUGAAUUGAUUAAAAAAAGGAAUAAAAGCUUUCUUGAAGGAUUAAAUUUUGACUAUCAAACUGGAAGCAACAGCAUAAUGAUUGGCAGCACUAAUUAAACAAAUCUUAAGAGGCCGUCAAUAGAUAAUGUAAGAUAUGACUUUACUCGUGCAAGUUUGAAACCUUAGCUGAUAGACGACAGAGCUUUAGAGAGCAAGUUAAUUAGAUUGCAGUAGUAAUCAUCAUUAUAUGGGGUCAAUAACAAUGAAUGGAAGUCGAUGUCAGGUAUCUAAAAUUAGCAAAAUCUGCUGUUGAUUAAGAACACCUAGGUAGAAAAUAAGAUGAUGCGCAAAAAGAGGGAUUUUCAAAUUUCCAAGAAAGUUAAUACUGGAAGGUAAAGCUCAGAACGUCUUCAUAGUCCAAGUACUGGCUAAUAGCAUCUUAGAUCAAGCUCUAUAAAUUCGUAAUAUGGAAGCAACAGCAAUUAACAGAGUAUUAAUAAAAAAUAGAGAGUAAAGCUUGUGUUUUUGGAUGAGGAGCAGGCUAAUACUCUAAAUGCCAACUAUAAUAACUAGCUCGAUACUGAUGAGGGAUUAAGAAGCAGCAGCAUACUUAAGAAUAGAAAAGAGGUAAAUGACUAUUUGGAAUAUGAGUCUAGGCUUGGCAGAUCGAAUUAGAAGCAGCUAAAGCUGACCCUGAACUAUAAGAAGUUUCAGGACAAGGAGUACCCACAGAUCUUGAAGCUGCUUAAGGAUGAUACUUCUUUAGUUUUAUAGGAUAGCUAAUAAGAUGAAAGAAAAGUUAUCUAGUUUGAUCUUAACAUUCAGGGCAAUGACUAUAACACUCAAGAAGGUACUAAUCAGAUGAUUCCUCACCUUCAAAACCAGCAAAGCUAUUAUACAAAUAGCUAUCAAGAGAUCAGCUUGCUCGGUGUGGAAUCACACAACCAUAUCUCCUCCAAGCAUAUGCACGAUUCUUCUGAAGUGGUGCUUGAAAAUCCAGAGAUCAUCCGUGGUUCCUUCUAGUUUGAAAAUCAUUAGAUUAGAGCCAUCAAGAAUGGGUCGACUCUUACUAACUAGUCUUAUUUUCCUAAUUUCAUUGAGGAAAACGCUAUCCAUAUUUAUAGAAACAGUAAGGAGAUACAAACCUCAUAGCCAAAGUAAUGA